AUGAAUCAAACGAAAGAAAACAACCACCUAGAAAUAAGAGUAAGGAACGAUAACCGUAAUAAGAGUAAUAACAGCAACAGUUAUAGAGACAGUAAUGAUAGCGAUGAUGAUCUUCGAGUCUUAUCUACAAAUGUGAUUCAAAAAAGACAACCAAGAAGAAUCAUUACAAGGAAAAGUGCAUUUUCUAAUAAUAAUGAUGGUGCUAAACAGGGAACUGCAAUGGUAGACUUAACAACUGAUAUAGAGCAUGGUUAUGACAGUAAUAAUAACUUGGUUAUUUCAACAAACACAAAUGCAGCAGAUAGAGUCUUGGUUCUUUAUAACUUGACACUUGGUGUCAACGCGGGAAACUUAAAAGCUGUCUUACAAAGAUUGUCAAAUGUUAAGAUAGCACAUGUUAGAGUCAAAGAUUUACCUUCUGGUUCAGCAACUGCGAAUGUAUGGUUACUACAUCCUACGAUGGAAGAACUAGAAAGAGUUAGGAAAAUUUUCCACGGCGCAUUAGUUGAUGGUAGAACCAUUCAAGUUCUAAUCGCAUCGUCUUCAGCUAAAUCUUUCUCUUAUUAG